UUUUACACCGGAAAGCUAAGCACACUUCCGGUUUUUAACAAUGACGAUGGAUAUCCUCGAAAAUAACAUACUUUUGGCUGUUUUAGCUUUCUCAUGGCUGAUGUACGUUUGGGAGGAAUAUCUGGGAGCACGACAGAGACAUCUGUAUAGGACAGUGAAAUCUGUGCCAGCUAGUUUAGAAGGGGUUCUAGACCAGGAGACUUUUACUAAAGCCAGACUGUAUGGACUGGACAAGAGUUCAUUUGGUUGUUGGAGCUCACUGUAUUCACAAAUAGAAAGCACAUUGAUUCUGAUAUUUGGAGGAAUUCCAUUUAUGUGGAAAGUUUCAACAGAUUCCAUUGAAUAUUUUGGCUAUGGUCCAGAUUAUGAGAUACUACUGUCCAUAGUAUUUAUGUUGUAUGCCCAGUUGUACAGCACUAUUACAUCACAGCCAUGGGCAUUGUACAGUACUUUUGUAUUGGAAGAAAAACAUGGCUUCAAUAAACAGACCUUACCAUUUUACAUUAAAGACAGCAUAAAGAAGUUAGUUGUAGGUAUGGCCUUAGCAAUGCCUAUCACAGCUUUACUUAUCUACAUUAUAAAGAUUGGAGGGGACUACUUCUUUAUUUACUGUUGGUUGUUUAUAUUUGUUGUCUCUUUGGUAUUAAUCACUGUUUAUGCUGACUACAUAGCUCCACUUUUUGAUAAAUUUACUCCCUUACCUGAUGGAGAUCUGAGGUCCAGGAUAGAAGCUUUGGCUGCCAGCAUUGACUUCCCUUUAAAGAAACUUUUUGUUGUUGAAGGAUCUAAAAGAUCAGCUCACAGCAAUGCUUACUUCUAUGGUUUCUUUAAGAAUAAGAGGAUAGUAUUAUUCGAUACAUUGUUAGAAGAUUAUUCUCCAUUGAAUAAAGAGGAGGAAGAAAAGAAACCGCAGGAAAACACAGAAGGAAAAGAUGUACAAGAAGGAAAGACAGAAGAAAAGAAAGUGGAAGAAGAUACAGGGAAGAAAGGAGAGGGAGAUGAGAAGAAACAUAAGAAACAAGGCUGUAAUGAUGAUGAAAUUCUGGCUGUUCUAGGUCAUGAAUUAGGUCACUGGAAACUCAAUCACAAUCUAAAAAAUCUUAUAAUAAGUAAUGUCAAUACUUUUCUGUGUUUUAUGCUGUUUGCCAUGUUGUUUAAGAGAGAUGAUUUAUACCUUGCCUUUGGAUUUACCACCAAACCUAUUAUUAUUGGUCUCAUCAUUAUAUUCCAGUUUAUAUUCUCACCAUACCAUGUGAUUCUCAACUUUUUGAUGACAGUAAAUAGUAGAAGGUUUGAGUUCCAAGCAGAUGCAUUUGCUAAAUCAUUGAAGAUGGCCAAGGAAUUAAAAUCAUCUUUAAUCAAACUUAACAAAGACAAUCUAGGAUUCCCUGUCACUGAUUGGCUGUACUCUUCAUGGAACUACUCUCAUCCACCAUUACUAGAGAGACUGAAGGGAUUAGAGAAGUCAGAAUGACACGUUAAACAUUUAUAGAUGUGUAUGGGUCAAUCAAGUUGCUGGGUUACUGUCCGGUGAUGUGUACCCAUAUCUUGUUGAUAUAGACCUCUAUGUUUAAUGAUUCUACACUGAUAAGAAUUACAAUGUACUAAUAUGACAUGACAGAAUUCAUUCAAAGAUUUGAAUAGAAAUUCACUAAUUAGUUUGUACUCUUUUGUAUUGUCAGAACUCUUUUUGAUUUUUAAAACCGUGUUUUCAGAGAAAACCUGUAUAAUGUAUAUAUGUCAUGUAUGUAAGUGGUGAAGUCUAAUAAAUGUAAAAAAUUA